AUGUCAGAAUUACCAAUUGAAAGUAGUGAAAAUAACCAGGGUGUCCUGAAGGUUGAAAAGAAAAUAGAUGUUACGACAAUAGAAAAGUCUGUGAGUAGUCUGGCCAGACCAGAAGAACCAAAUAGUUCUGAUUUCGCUGACGAUAAUGCUUUGUCUAAGGCUAUAGAAAAGGGGACAAAUGUUAAUAAUGACAUAAACAGAGAUUCUAAGAAGCUGGAUGAAGAAAUGGUGACCGAAAUUUUAAGCUUAAAACUGAAAAUCGCCACUUUAAUCUCAAAUAUUCGUGAUACUAAAACGUUAAGUGAUAAGUACGAUAACGAAAAUCAAUAUUUACAAGACUAUGUAGGUAGUUUAAUGAAAAGUGGUGAAAUAAAAUGA